AUGAAAAAAAUAUAAGACGAGUAAUUAAGGAGGUUCUAGUUAGGCCAGAUGAGUAACCGAGGUUUAUCAAAAAAAGAGCUCGAAGAGCUACGUAAAAAAGAAGAAGAGGAAGCAGCCGCACAUGUGUUCAAAGAGUUUGUAGAGACAUUCCAAGAGGUACCGAGCACAACAUCUAAAGUAUGGGUUAAAGCUGGAACAUACGAUGCGGGGGCAAGAAAGGAAGAUACCUCAGAAAGAGGUAAACUAUACAAGCCAAUGUCACGACUGGACGACAAGGUUCGGACAGUCACAGAAGCGGAUGUGGUACGAAGUCUCGCACAACGGCCUGAACCACCGGGCAGGCCAAAAAAUAAGAAGGCUGGAGAUAAGAAAAAGAGUAAUUUGGAAUUAUUCAAAGAGGAACUGAGACAAAUUCAAGAGGAACGUUCCGAGCGACAUAAAUACAAGAAUGUGCUACGUGACCGUGGAGUUGUGGGCGUCGAACCCGUUCUGGACAUGAUACCAGAUGUGGGCUCCUAUGAUACAGGAGACCCUAAUACUACUAACUUGUAUCUUGGCAAUUUAAACCCUAAGAUAACAGAACAGCAGCUAAUGGAGAUAUUUGGGCGGUACGGUCCACUUGCUAGCAUCAAGAUCAUGUGGCCUCGGUCUGAUGAGGAAAAGGCGCGUGGCCGCAACUGUGGCUUUGUGGCUUUUAUGUCGCGUAAGGACGGUGAACGUGCUCUACGCUGCAUCAACGGUAAGGAGAUAAUGAACUACGAGAUGAAGCUUGGCUGGGGCAAGGCGGUGGUGAUCCCGCCGGUGCCCAUCUACAUCCCACCAGCACUACAGCAGCCCUGCAAGCCUCCUCCGCCCUCCGGACUGCCCUUUAACGCGCAACCACCCAAACAUCUAGCUGGGAAGAUACCAAGAGUGCGACCCGGUGAAUAUUAUCCGAGCGAUCCUGAAGAUAGAGCAGAAUACGAGCAGAUUCUAUCACAAUCCAUAGUAAAAGUGGUGAUACCGACAGAAAGGAACAUCUUAAUGUUGAUCCACCGUAUGGUUGAGUUCGUGAUCCGCGAAGGUCCUAUGUUCGAAGCCAUCAUCAUGAACAAGGAGAUGAACAAUCCCUUCUUCCGGUUCCUCUUCGAGAACCAGUCGCCAGCACACAUAUAUUACCGCUGGAAGUUGUUUUCGAUGCUACAAGGAGAUUCGCCCAAGAGUUGGUCGUUAGAAGACUUUAGGAUGUUUAAAGGCGGGUCAGUUUGGCGUCCGCCAGUUAUGAAUUUGUACACUGCUGGUAUGCCUGAUGAGUUGGUAGAAGAAGAAGACGCCAAAGACAAUAUUAGAGGCACACUGUCUACAAACCAGCGCGACCGGCUGGAGGACAUCAUCCGCUCGCUGACGCCGGCGCGGCGCAGCGUGGGCGAGGCCAUGGCGUGGUGCCUGGAGCACGCGGAGGCGGCGGGCGAGGUGGCGGCGUGCCUGGCCGAGGCGCUGGCGCAGCCGCGCACCGCGCCGCCGCGCCGCGUCGCGCGCCUCUACCUGCUGUCCGACGUGCUGCACAACGCCGGCGCCAAGCUCACCAACGCCAGCGCCUACCGCGGCGCCUUCCAGCAGCGCCUCCCGCAGAUCAUGCGCGAGUGCCACGCGGCCUGGGCGCGCAUGUCGUCGCGCCUGCAGCAGGAGGGCUUCCGCGCGCGCGUCACGCGCAUCCUGCAGGCCUGGGCCGACUGGGCCGUCUACCCCACGGACUUCCUGCUGCACAUCAACGACGUCUUCCUGGGCCACGACAAGGGCGAGCUGCGCACGAGCGGCGAGCCGGCGGGCGAGGAGCCGGGGUCGGGCGCCGCGUCGCCGGACGGGUCGACGGCGUCCGGCGCGUCCGGCGGCUCGGGCGGCUCCGGCCCGCUGGACGGGGCCGCGCUGCGCCGCCUCGCCGAGCAGCGCCCGCCGCAGCUCACCGUCAGGCCCGACGCCGCGGACAUCGACGGCGUGCCCGUGGAUGAGGACAUAGACGGCGUUCCGCUGGAAGCGGAGGGCUCGGCGGAGGACGGGGAGGGCGAGGGCGAGGGCGAGGGGCGCGGCGUGGCGGGCUUCGUGCCGUCGCGCUGGGAGAGCGUGGAGCCCGCCGCGCCCGAGCCGCGCGAGCCCACGCCGCCGCCGCCCGACGGUACCUCAUACACCCCCCCAAACGUUUCCAGGGGCGUGGAGUCCCCGCGCAGCCGCAGCGGCGAGGCGGCGCUCCAGCGCGAGACCCUGCGGGACAUCGAGCUGCGGGUGCUGAAGUACGCCGACGAGCUGGAGGCCGGCGCCAGAGCCCUGCGACCCGGCUUCGCGCCGCCCGCGCAGGUGCAGCACUACCGCCGCAAGCUCAUCAAGAAGGCACUCCGAGAAGCAAAGGAAGCAGAGGAAGUAGGAUCUCCGGGCGGAGACGAUGAUGCGUUCUCUACGUCUUCUAAGAAAUCAAAAAAAUCGCGAGAGCCCACAUUGUCGCCACCGCCUAAACGUUCUCGGUACGUACCGAGUGAACGAAAAUCAAGAUCGCGAUCCAGGUCACGCGAGCGGGAUAGAGAAAGGGAACGAGAGAGGGAAAGAGAUAGAGAGAGAGACAGAGAGAGGCGAAGACGCGCGUCGCCCGCGACCCCUCCGCACCACAGGAAGCACGCGAAACACGCCAAAUACAAAUACUGACAGUAUGCUUUAGAAUAAGUCUAAAACUAUUAAGAAGUAUCUUCAGUUUGUAAAAUUUUUAAUAUAAGCUUCAUGUAAAGUA